AAGCGUUACAAGGGUCUCAAGCGUUGCGAGGGUUUCAAGCAUUGCAAGGGUUUCAAGUAUUGUAAGGGUUUCAAGCGUUGCAAGGGUUUCAAGUGUUGCGAGGGUUGCAAGAGUUAUAAGGGUUUCAAGUGUUGUGAGGGUUCCAAGAGUUAUAAGGGUUUCAAGUGUUGUGAGGGUUUCAAGCGUUGCAAGGGUUCCAAGUGUUGCAGGGGUUUCAAGCGUUGCGAGGGUUUCAAGCAUUGCAAGGGUUUCAAGUGUUGCAAGGGUUUCAAGCGUUGCAAGGGUUUCAAGUGUUGCAAGGGUUUCAUGCGUUGCAAGGGUUCCAAGUGUUGCAGGGGUUUCAAGCGUUGCGAGGGUUUCAAGUGCUGCAAGGGUUUAGAGUGUUGCAAGGGUUUCAAGCUUUGCGAAGGUUUCAAGUGUUGCAAGAGUUUCAAGCGUUGCAAGGGUUCCAAGUGUUGUAAGGGUCUUAAGCGUUGCGAAGGUUUCAAGUGUUGCAAGAGUUUCAAGUGUUGUAAGGGUUUCAAGCAUUGCAAGGGGUUUCAAGUGUUGCAAGAGUUUCAAGUGUUGCAAGAGUUUCAAGCGUUGCAAGGGUUCCAAGUGUUGUAAGGGUUUCAAGCAUUGCAAGGGGUUUCAAGUGUUGCAAGAGUUUCAAGUGUUGCAAGAGUUUCAAGUGUUGCAAGAGUUUCAAGCGUUGCAAGGGUUCCAAGUGUUGUAAGGGUUUCAAGCAUUGCAAGGGGUUUCAAGUGUUGCAAGAGUUUCAAGUGUUGCAAGGGUUUCAAGCGUUGCAAGGGUUCCAAGUGUUGUAAGGGU